AUGAACAAAAAAAAGGUAUCCGCUUCCAGUCGCAAAAGUUUUCUUUGCAGCAAUCUCAUUCAACAGGAGUCUGGGUUCCCAGUAAUAUUCUACCGUAACUGCGACCCAGUCUCAUCCCCCACCCCACCCGAGCAAGCCCGCUUCCAAUUCUUCUCAACCUUUUUGGAUCCUCUACGUUCCAAUUGCUUAUUUCCAACUAAUUAUCUUCUCAUUACGCGAGACUUUCGCUUCAAACCAUGGUCAUUUCCGGUUCUCUUUCUCUCUCUCUCUUUCUCUUUCUCUCUCUUUCUCUCUCUCUCUCUGUCUCUCUUUCUCUCUCUCUCUCUCUCUCUCUCUCUAUAUAUAUAUAUAUAUAUAUAUAUAUUAUUUUUGCUUUCUCUCUUUCUUUUCUGCCCUUUCUUUUUACUACAGGCUUCACCCAACCUUUUCGCAACUCGUUUUUCACAAGGAUUGAAAAGGUUUACUUUUGAACCCCAAACACCGCUUUGUUAA